AGAGCCUUCCUGAUGUAUAUAUGCAGGUAGGAGAACUCAAUCAGUCCUUUGACACAGUAAUAUAAUAAAACUGAUUUGAAGAACAGCAGUUCUUAUUUUUCUACUCUCUUGUGGGAAUGAGUUGCCAAUCUUUUACUUCGGCUGACACCUUUAUUCCUCUGAAUUCUGACGCUUCUGCAACCCUGCCUCUGAUAAUGCAUCACAGUGCUGCCGAGUGUCUACCAGUCUCCAACCAUGCCACCAAUGUGAUGUCUACAGCAGCAGGACUUCAUUAUUCUGUUCCUUCCUGUCAUUAUGGAAACCAGCCAUCAACCUAUGGCGUGAUGGCAGGCAGUUUAGCCCCUUGUCUUUACAAGUUUCCUGACCAUACCCUGAGCCACGGGUUUCCUUCCUUACAUCAGCCUCUCCUGGCUGAGGACCCCACAGCCCUGGAAUUCAAACAGGAACUCAGGCGGAAAAACAAAUUGGUGGAAGAACCAAUAGACAUGGAUUCUCCAGAGAUCCGAGAACUUGAAAAGUUUGCCAACGAAUUUAAAGUGAGAAGAAUUAAGUUAGGAUACACCCAGACAAACGUUGGCGAAGCCCUAGCAGCUGUACAUGGCUCUGAAUUCAGUCAAACGACUAUCUGCCGUUUUGAAAACCUGCAGCUCAGCUUUAAAAAUGCGUGCAAACUAAAAGCAAUACUAUCCAAGUGGUUGGAGGAAGCUGAGCAAGUAGGAGCUUUGUACAAUGAAAAAGUGGGAGCAAAUGAAAGGAAAAGAAAGCGGAGGACAACAAUAAGUAUUGCAGCUAAAGAUGCCCUGGAGAGACACUUUGGGGAACAGAAUAAACCUUCCUCUCAAGAGAUCAUGCGAAUGGCUGAAGAACUGAAUCUUGAGAAAGAAGUAGUCAGAGUUUGGUUUUGCAACCGAAGGCAGAGAGAAAAACGGGUGAAAACGAGUCUGAACCAAAGUCUGUAUUCUGUCUCUAAAGAGCAUCUUGAGUGCAGAUAAGAUUCCCUGCGGUGUACUAACCAUUUGUGCCCUACUUUUAGUUACUUAGUUGGCUUCAGAAAUAUUUUAUACCAAUAACUUCUGCAGCUUUUCUGUUCUACUUU